AUGGCUGUCGAUCUGGAAGACUUCCUUCACCUCUCGCGGCCUCUGGCGCCGCAGAUGGGCUACAACACCAACAUUGCCCCGCUCACCGUCAACAUCCAGCCUCAGGCUGACAUUUCCCUUCCUCCCUCCCCCUCCCCACAGGCCAUCUUCUCCAUCCUCGACCAUGCCUCCCGCCGCGACAUCCGCGACGCCCCCAACACCCGCGUCAUCGGCGCCCUCGUCGGCGUCCGCAGCGAGGACGGCACCGAGGCCGAGGUGCGCUCCUGCUUCGCCAUCCCCCACACCGAGAACGAGGACCAGGUCGAGGUCGACGUCGAGUACCAGAAGAACAUGCUCGCCAUGACCCUGCGCGCCAACCCGCGCGAGUCCCUGCUCGGCUGGUACACGACCUCGCACGAGCUCAACUCGUUCAGCGCCCUCAUCCAGAACUUCUUCGCCGCGCCCGAGACGGGCACCUUCCCCCACCCGGCCGUCCACCUGACCAUCAGCACCGAGGCCGGCCGCGACGUCGAGACGCGCUGCUACGUCUCGUCGCCCGUCGCCGUCAACGCCGACCGCGCCUCCGAGUCGUGCUUCUUCGUCGAGGUCCCGCACCGCAUGCUCUACGGCGACGCCGACCGCGCCGCCCUCGAGGCCGUCUCCUCGGCCGCCGACCUUGAGGCCCGCACCGCGCCCCUGACGAGCGACAUCGAGGGCCUCGCCCGCAGCAUCGAGCAGACGCUCGACCUGCUCGACCGCACGUCCGACUUUGUCGGCGCCAUCCUGGACGAGGAGCGCGAGCCCAACCACGCCAUCGGCCAGUACCUCAUGAACUCCAUGUCCCUGGCCCCCAAGGUCGACGCCGCCGCCAUCGAGCACGACUUCAACAACCACAUCCAGGACGUCCUCAUGGUCUCGUACCUGGCCAACACCAUCCGCACCCAGAUCGACCUCGCCCAGCGGUUAGCCACCUCGGCCCUGACCAUGGGCGACAAGGACGACAAGAAGGACGGCGAGGAGGGCGGCAAGUCCGAGCGCGGCCAGGGCGGUCAGAGGGGCGGCAAGAGGGGCGGCAGGGGAGGCGGCCGCGGCGGCGGCCAGCGGGGCGAGCCCCGGGAGCACAGAGAGCCCCGGGAGCCCCGGGAGCCUAGGGAGCCCAGGGAACCCAGGGAGCCGAGAGAGCCGAGAGAGCCGACCGAGUAG